AUAGCCUGUUACAACAAAGACAGUGAGACAAGGUAAAGCACUGAAGUUCUGACACCCUCUCUGAUACAUCCUCCAAGAUGGAACCAGCAAGUAUGCGGGAAGACUUGAAGCUCUAUCAGAGCACCCUGCUUCAAGAUGGUUUGAAGGAGCUCCUAAAAGAGAAUAAAUUUAUUGACUGCAUACUCAAAGUAGGAGACAGGAGUCUGCCUUGUCACAAACUUAUCAUGGCAGCAUGUAGCCCUUACUUUAGAGAGCUUUAUUUCACUGAAGAUGGCAAAGAAAAAAGCUUUGAGAACAAGGAGGUUGUGCUGGAAAAUGUGGAUCCAACCAUUAUGGACAUGAUUGUGAAUUACCUUUAUUCUGCAGAAAUAGAGAUUACAGAUGAGAAUGUGCAGGACGUUUUUGCAAUAGCCAACCGCUUUCAGAUACCAUCUGUUUUCACAGUGUGUGUGAACUACCUACAGAAGAAACUCUCAAUGGGAAACUGCCUAGCUAUCUUCAGAUUGGGACUGGUGCUAAACUGCCCAAGAUUGGCUAUUGCAGCAAGAGACUACAUAGCUGAUAGAUUUGAGACACUAGCUAAAGAGGAAGACUUUCUUGAGUUUAACCCUCCUGAGCUUUUUGCCAUCAUAGGAGUUGAUGUUCUUAAUGUGGAGAAAGAGCAAGUGGUGUUUGAACUACUGAUGAAAUGGAUCAGGAAGGACAAAGAAAAGCGGGUAAAGUUUUUAAACGAAGCUUUUGAGCACAUUCGCUUCCGUCUACUUCCAGAAAAGUAUUUCAAGGAAAAGGUGGAAAAGGAUGACAUAAUCAAAUCUGAUCCUGAAGUUGUGAAAAAAAUUAAGGUAAUCAAAGAUGCUUUUGCUGGGAAGCUUCCAGCAAAGGAGGGAGGGAAAGAGGAUGGAGAAAACUUACUACCUGGUUACCUGAACGACAGCCCAAGGCUUGGGAUGCAUGCUAAAGACCUUAUCCUGAUGAUUAAUGAUACCGCCGCUGUGGUUUAUGACCCUAUUGAGAAUGAAUGCUCCUUAGCAGCAAUGGCAGAGCAGAUACCCCGAAACCAUGUUAGCAUCUCUACCAAAAAGAAUCAACUUUAUGUCGCAGGUGGACUCUUUGUGGAUGACGACAAUAAAGAAACCCCACUGCAGUGCUAUUUUUAUCAGCUGGACACUCUUACUCCAGAAUGGAUUGCUCUACCCCCAUUGCCUUCUCCCAGAUGUCUGUUUGCACUGGGAGAAUUUGACAAUCUCCUGUUUGCCAUUGCUGGCAAAGACCUGCAGACCAACGAAUCUCUUGACUCAGUAAUGUGCUAUGACACUGACAAAAUGAAAUGGACUGAAACGAAAAAACUGCCCUUGAAAUUACACGGUCACAGUGUGAUUUCACAAAAUGGGCUGGUGUACUGUAUUGGAGGAAAGACAGAUGAAAACAAAAUUAUCAACAAAAUGUUUGCAUAUAACCACAAAAAGUCAGAAUGGAAAGAGCUUUCUGCAAUGAAAACACCAAGGUCCAUGUUUGGAGCAACUGUACACAAAGGAAAGAUUAUUGUGAUUGGAGGAAUCAAUGAAGAUGGCCUGUUGGCAUCUUGCGAAGCCUUUGACUUUGGAACCAACAAGUGGGAAACCUUUCCUGAAUUUGCCCAGGAGAGGAGCUCAGUGAAUCUUGUCAGUACUGGUGGUGUACUAUAUUUAGUUGGGGGCUUCACCAUGAUGGAGACAGAUAUUAAAGAGUGUUCCCCCUCAGAGAUCACAGACAUCUGGCAGUUUGAAGAAGACAAGAAGCAGUGGUCUGGCAUGCUGAGAGAGAUGCGCUAUGCAGCUGGAGCUUCAUGUGUUUCCAUGCGACUAAAUGCAGUAAAAAUGCCCAAACUGUAAAAACAGCCUCAUUGUACUAAACUGCACCCGAUACCAUUUUAAACAUACUUGGUUAUUCCAGUGAUGCAUAAUUACAUUUUAGUAGCAACAUUAUGAAUAUAUUUAAGCAUGAAACAGGCCACUGAAAAACAGCUGGGCGGUUUUAGUGUGUGAGGGAAACUGUUUGUAUAAACACUAAUGUCAAUUAUAGUCACAUUUAUUUUUUAAAAAAUAAUAAACAUUUGUGGUUAAAACGUG